AUGGCCGAUGUAGAGUCGAUGUUCCACCAGGUACAUGUCAGCCCUCGGGAUUGUGAUGCCCUACGGUUUCUCUGGUGGUCAAAUAACGAUUUGAACAGUGAGCCAGAAGAAUAUCAGAUGAUGGUACAUCUCUUCGGUGCUACAUCAUCACCAAGCUGUGCAAACUUCGGUCAUUGGCAAACCGCAGAGGACAGCCAACAAGAAUUCAGCAAGGAUGCAGUUGACAGUGUCAAGAAUAACUUCUACAUCGAUGACUGCCUCAAGUCAGUCCCAUCUGAAAAUAAAGCCAUUGUAUUGGUGAAUGAGCUCCGCCAACUACUCUCUAAAGGAGGAUUCUGUUUGACUAAAUGGAUUUCUAACUUGCAAAACAUCAUCAAGUUCAUCCCAAUGUCCAAGAGGGCAGGAUCUGUGAAGGAUCUUCUCCUCGAUCAGCUGCCAAUUGAGCAGACCCUAGGAGUAAGAUGGAAUGUAGAGUCUGAUACCUUUGGCUUCAAGAUAAGCGUGAAAGACAGGCCCCCGACAAGACGAGGAAUCCUAUCCGUGGUCAGUUCCAUGUACGAUUCGUUAGGGUUUGCAGCUCCUUUCACCUUGCCAGCAAAGGUGCUACUGCAAGACCUAUGCCGCCAGAAUCUGGGGUGGGAUGACCCUAUAGCAGCCAAGGAACUUGCUCGCUGGAGGAACUGA